AUGAACUCACGAGAGCAUUCAGAGAUCCCGCCUGCUCCGUCAUACCCUUCUCCCAACGCUGCCCAGAUAGCGCAGGGCACCGUGUCUUACUAUGCCAACCAGCGCCAUCUGACCGCUGAUGAGCUUCAUUUGUCAGCAGAGCUCUCCCGCGAGGUCGCCGGCGCGAGUGUCGAUGGCGGCAACGCUGCGUCGGUAGCUGCUGCUGCCACUGCGGCCGCUGCUGCCGCUAACGGACUGCCCCAUAGCCAGGGAAUGGUGCUAGGCUCAUCUGGACCCAACGCUGACGGAGCGGUGGGCGUCGACCAGCAACAGGUUCGACAGCAGCAGCAACGACAGCAACAGCAGCAGCAGGAUCACCAGGUACAGCAGCCUUCUCAGGGUCAGCAGCAUAUGCUUCAGUUCUCCUCGACGCAGCAGUCUGGUGUCGACCCAAACCAUGACUUGAGCUAUGGCGAUCAGAGCGCGCGCCGGAAGCGUUCAAAGGUCUCUCGCGCCUGUGAUGAGUGUCGUAGGAAGAAGGUCCGAUGUGAUGCCACCUCUGAAGCUGGUGUCGAGACUUGUUCAAAUUGUCGUCGUACAGGGGCAACCUGCGAGUUCAGCCGCGUCCCAAUGAAGCGAGGUCCAAGCAAAGGAUAUAUCAAGGAGCUGGCAGACCGUAUCAACAGUCUGGAGACUCAAAUGCAGCCGCCAAUGCAGACAGGGGAUAUGCACUAUCAGCAAAUGAACGAAGAUGGCACGUCUGCACGGGGUUAUCAGGAUUUCUCUCCAUCUAUGGAUAACCAGGGACUCACCCGAAAGAGAACCCUAUCGAUGUCUGAGGGUCUUCCCAACGCCUUCAUGCAGCCUCCUUUCAUCCAAGGAGCUCGUCCAACAUCAGUAGGCGGAUGGCCUGUGCAAGGACCAACGAAGGACGCCACCCAUGCAGCUGAUCUGGCUGCUUUAGAUGAAUACGGGACUGUACAAAAUGGAAGUACAAGGGUAGUGCAGCCAUUCUGGUCCCAAGAGCUGCCGGAGUCCGCACAACAACCCGCCAUAGACCUAGAAAAGCUGGAAUCACUUCCUGCACCAGUGGAAGUUGACGAGGAAGUUCUUAAUGCUUACUACCAGCAUAUCCAUCCUAUUUUCCCAGUUCUACCGAACUCUCGGGAUCUUCUUUCCCAGUAUCUCAAAUCAGCCAGUCGCCAAAUCCAAGAAACUUUCUUGCACUCGUUAUUCGCCGUGACAGGUGCCAACCUGUCAAGAGCGGAAAAGACAUGGCAGGAAAUCCCAACGUUCCAACGAGCACAGGAUCAUCUAACAGAAAGUCUGCGCGAGGACCCUCGCUCUCGGUCCCAAGCGACCAAUUUUGUCCUCCUUUUUACUUUUAUCCUGUUGAUUAUUGAUGCCGAUGCCAAGGGCCCGGAAAAUCUCCACGGCCAGAAUGGGAUUAGCAAGACGGUCCUCGUUGAUGCUGCGUUCCCUGUCGCACACCAUCUCGCGCGGUCUUAUGACCAGCUUGACAGCUGUAAUAUAAAUGAUAAGGAUGUCGAUUCCGAUGGCAACCUUGCAAGAAAGAAUUGGACUGUCCUCAUGAUUUUGUCCCGCUGGCAUAGUCUAAGCGUGGCUGGUCGCGAUGUAUUCGGUGUUUCCGAAGCUGCUAUGCCCGAGGAUCGCGGCAUCCUCAGCUUCGCUUCUCUGCAGCUUGCCCGUUAUUCGACAUCGGUCUCCGAAAUUAUUGAGGUCUUCUUCGACAACUCUGUUCAUCCUUCGUUUGGGCGGAUGAACAGCCACUCUCUCCGCCGUCUCUACUAUGGCCAACUUAAACGUCUCAAGGACCUUGAGUCCUGGCAUGAAUCUACUGGCGAUGAUGAAAUGAGCGCACUCUACACCGAAUCCGUUUGCCCGCUACUAUUCUGGACCCUCACUCUCCUCUUGAAAAGACAGCUCUACACAUCCGUCCCUGCUGAGGUGAUGUAUCCUGCCCAAGUCAUCCUCGAACUUCUCCAGCAGCACUCCGACUCAGCUAAGUUCAUUGCAUCGCCGUUCCACCACCAUGCUUUGGCCCUUGCUAUCAUGACCCUGCUGGAGGCAACUGACCUCCCUGAGCUGGCAGCAGAUGCGUGGAUCUCCCUAGACAAAGCUCUCCAGAUCCUCAGCCAGCGCGAUAAGCAUACCUCGACAGCCGAAGAGUUUGGAAACAUAUUUGCCAACCGGUCAUGGGGAGAAUGUUUCCGUGCAAUGAUUGAAGUCAAGGUUGCUGCUUUCCGGUCCACACAGCAAGGUUCUGGUGCAGUGGGAUCUAAUGAACAGCGCUCCCUAGAACAUCUGGCAGACUUGGCCGUUGGAGCUGGUGGUGCAGCUGCAGCUGCAGCAGCCGCCGCCGCUACUGCUGCUGGCACAAAUUCAGAUAAUCAGGCCGCCCGUACUGGAGCUGCAGGCACUGAGGAUGCUGCUAAUGGUAGCCAGGCGAACGCUAAUGCAGACAACGCUACAGGCCAAAAGGAUAGAGCAGAUAUACGCGUCUAUGUUGACUUUACACAACUGACCAAGAGAGGAUAUCUCAACGUCUUUGCUGGGCUAUAG